AUGUCCGGCAAAGUGGCGAUGACAGACACCCCAAUCAAGUACCCCUGGUGGUAUGGCGGUGCGGGUGGCAUUUUUGCUUGUAUCGUCACCCAUCCACUUGAUCUAGCCAAGGUUCGCCUUCAGACCGCCUCUCCGCCAAAGCCAACGCUUCUGAACAUGAUUCGAAGAAUCUUACAACAGGAGGGACCUCGUGGACUUUAUGCCGGGUUGAGCGCCUCUGUUCUUCGGCAGUGCACCUAUACCACCGCGAGAUUCGGGUGCUACGACAUCAUUAAGGAAAAUUUAAUCCCCCAGAGCGAGAUCAAUAAUAGUUUGUAUCUUUUACCAUGUUCAAUGUUGAGUGGAGCAAUCGGUGGUUUUGUAGGAAAUCCAGCAGAUGUCGUCAACAUCAGGAUGCAAAAUGACUCAGCACACGAUCCACAUCUAAGAAGAGGUUACCGAAAUGCAUUUGAUGGGUUAAACAGUAUUGUUAGGGAAGAAGGCUUUUAUAAGCUUUUUACGGGACUGGCGCCAAACUUAAUAAGAGGUGUCUUGAUGACGGCCAGCCAAGUAGUCUCUUAUGAUGUAUUUAAGCAUCAGUUGGCCACAAAGUUCGGCAUGGAUCCAGCCGAGAAAAAGACCCACUUCGCGGCUUCGCUGCUGGCCGGGCUUGUAGCGACAACGGUUUGCUCGCCAGCGGAUGUGAUGAAAACGCGGAUCAUGAACGCGCAGCAGCACCACGAGAGCGCUGUGAGGGUUCUGUGGAGAUCGGUCCAGACCGAAGGCGUUCUCUUUAUGUUCAGAGGAUGGCUACCAAGCUUCGCGAGGCUCGGACCUAAUACGAUUCUGAUCUUCCUCGCGGUCGAGCAACUGCGGAAAUACAGGGUCGGCAUGAGCGGUUAG